CAGGUAUCUGGGACCAAUUGCUCAUCAGCUCUAAGCCUCAUUCCAAGAAGACUUCUGCUCUUCAAACAGUUAGGAUGCAGAGGAGCCCUUUGUUAGACCAGGUUCAGGCCUUCCUCCCACAGAUGGCCCAGGCAAAUGAAAAGCUAUGAAAGGAAAUGGCGGCUGCUCCAGCUGAUUGCUUCAAUAUUGAGAAUAUUGAUGGGACAUCCGGAAACAUCAUACAGAUGGAUGUGGCCUUAUUUGAGAUGAACCGGUCAGAUUCAAAAGAAGAGGACAGCUCAGAAGAGAGCUCACAGGACGGCUCUGAGGACAGCUCAGAGUCUGAAGAUGAAGACUGCAUCCCCUCUGAAGUCACCAUAGACACCAUAAAGCUUCCGAAUACAGAAGGUGGCAGAGGCAAGAUCGAAGUUUUAGACAGUCCGGCAAGUAAAAAAAAGAAGCAGUGAGAUAGGCCAGUGAAAAGAGGCAGGUCCUCCCUACCUGCGACUGGGGGAAGGUGGUUCUGGGGUGAUGGGUCCAGGGUCCCUGUGAUGCUCUUUCAGUGUCAAAAAGAAAAAUUUGCAAGUCUGGGUGUGUUCUAAAUAGGAAGUGUUCCGAUCUUGACUACAGAGAGGGCAGCGCCCUUGAGUACUGAGAAGGGAAAUAGGGAAGAAAUAACUUUUGAUUGGUUGGUUACAUGAGGCAUUUGCCUAAGUUGACAUGGUCUGAACAGUGUGGCCUGUGACUCAGUGAAGCCCAUCUACACUAAAAUCUGGCUACUAGUUAGAACAUUCCCGCUUCCAAAUUGAGGGUUUUGGUUUUGAUUUGUUUCUGUACCAAGGCAGAUUGUAGUUUGUUAUAUAGGAACUGGGAUUAGAGACCAGCCCAGGAUAAUGGCCCCUGCCAUUUAAGGUAUGAUGGUGGCUAGAUUUUGUUUGUUUUGUUUUUGUUUUUGUUUUUCGAGACAGGGUUUCUCUGUGUAGCUUUGGUGCCUGUCUUGGAACUCACUU